GGAUUAUGCAUAUUUCUAAUCUAAAUCAUAAUAAUAAUUCAAUUUAAUAUCCAUAAUGACGCCGUCGAGAACAUUUUUUUCCCGCGCUCGUCAACAAGCGUCAUGUUUACAACACUGCUUGUAGUAAUAUAAGGUUAUCUUUAAUAAUUUCCGUCGUGUUUCAUAUACUGCACGAGAUGUGACAUUCAUAAUUUGUGUAUGUCGCUGGUUAAACCUGUUGCUGAAACCGUGCGUGAUUUCUGCUCGUGAGUUUCGUUUCCUCUCAGAGAGAAUGAAUCACGGGCUGAUCUGGAGUCAGUGUCCGGAGACACUCACUCACUGACCUACAUAUAAACUCCACACAGUUCGACUGAUGACAGAAAUCAUGGCGGAAGAAACUCUCCUGAAGGUUUUGUGUGGGAAUCACGGAGCGAUGGAUUAUGAGCGUCUUCUGGACAUUUCAUUCGGCCUGACAGAAAUAUCACCGCAGAAUUCCCUGGAUAAAAUCAUCCGCGAGAACGACGUCUUUACCGUCAUUCAGCGAAACGAAAGUAAAGAGGUUUUCGCCCAAACUAACGUCAAAUUGUGUCGAAAGGCAACGUGUGACGAACUGUGUGAAAACCUCCAUCUGUGUAAAUAUGAGCUGAUGAUGGGACGCUGCAGCAGGCACGGCUGCUGUUUUGGACACCAGCUGCUGUCCGAGCACAACGCGAGGAUCCUGAGAGCGCAUCACAUGAUCCAUCUGAGCAGAGAAGACCUGCGUGUGAUAUUACUGCAGUCCGACAACAGCCUUCUGCCUCCAGUGUGCGUGAGGUUCAACCGAGGCCGAGGGCCGCACGGGAACUGUCCCGACGGAGAGAAGUGCACCCGACUGCACGUGUGCAUGAACUUCAUCAGAGGAUGCUGCGACGGCACCGACUGCGGCAGGUCACAUGAUUUCCACGAGCCUCGUCUGAAAAGAGUUCUGUAUUCCAGAGGAGUGUCGCAUCAGCUGAUGGACUCCCUUCCGUUCAUCUACCGCAACAUUCUCGCUCUGAAGACGGAGCCGGUCCGAUCUCGUAGAAUCGUGCCAGAGACUAAUGCAGAGAAUGAGAUCUGCCUGGCGUUUGUCAGAGGCUUCUGUAGAGAAGAUGAAUGCAGCAAAACACACUUUAAAAUGCCCUAUAAGUGGGAGGUGAAGGUGGGCCGAACAUGGCACGACUUACCCAACAGUGAACAAAUUGAGCGCGAUUAUUGUGACCCGUCCAACAUACACAGUUCUGGAAAGGAGCCCAUUUGUUUUGAGGAAAUGACUCUGGGUCUGGACGAGGUCCGGCGUCUCUCUACAAAAUCCUCUGCGCUCCUUCCCGGCCUUGUCCCCGCCACCUUCUGGAUCUGGUACUGGAAAGACGAGUACAAUCGCUGGAUCCAGUACGCAUCAACAGCAGAGAUGCACCGACUGUCUUCAGUCAGCAGUGAGCAGCUGGAGCAGAAAUAUCAGGAGUAUUUACAGCAGAAUCAGGAGGACGCUGGGGUCAAGUUCAAAGCGGGAAAUCGUUUCUAUGAGCUCCGUUUCACAGACAUGAAACAACGAAAUGAAGUGAGCGGCACAGAGAGACCCGUCAGGCGACGGCCCGCGUUUGUUUCAUCGGUCCUUGUCCAGAGGGCUAGAGCGAGGUGACGGCCCUCAUGAUCAUCCUGUGGGUUGAUGUCAUGCUUCAGUCUGCUGUUUUGUGUUAUUCUGUGUGAUCUUAUUUCCCAGAUGUUGCGGUGCCAGCAAGACUCACUUUUCUAAAGGUGUUCCUGGAUUUUGGGACCAAACUGCGAUUCCUGACUCUGGAUUCCAGAGGGUCCGUCUCCCGCCGUCUCACAGAGAUUACGUGAGAGUCCAGGAGCGCUUCAGUGAAACUCUGAGGGGUUUUACUGUCCGACAGAUCGAGCGUGUGCAAAACAGGGAACUCUGGGAAGACUUCAUGAU